AACCCGAGCCAGACCGAGCCGAGCGCAGCCGAACUCAACCGAGCGUAGACGAGCGCACCCGAGUGGCCCCGAAUCCAGCCGAGGCUCCUCCCUGCAGGGUUUUGGCCAUGACGGAGGUGACCAAGCGCAUCCUGGUGACAGGUGGCACCGGCUUGGUGGGCAGAGCCAUCGAGAAGGUGGUGGCCGAUGGAGAGGGGCAGCCGGACGAGGAGUGGAUCUUCGUGUCCUCCCGAGACGCUGACUUGACGAGCAGCUCCGAGACCAAAGCCCUGUUUGAGAGGCACAAGCCCACCCACGUCAUCCACCUGGCCGCCAUGGUCGGAGGCCUCUUCAAAAAUCUCCGCUCCAACCUGGAUUUUUGGAGGACAAACAUCCACAUCAACGACAACGUCCUGCACUCAGCCCAUGAGCUGGGGGUGCAGAAGGUGGUCUCCUGCCUCUCCACCUGCAUCUUCCCAGACAAGACCACCUACCCCAUUGACGAGACCAUGAUCCACAACGGGCCACCUCAUAGCUCCAACUUCGGCUACUCCUAUGCCAAGAGGAUGAUUGAUGUCCAAAAUAGGGGUUAUUCCGAGCAGCACGGCCGACGUUUCACUGCCGUGAUUCCCACCAACGUCUUCGGGCCGCAUGACAACUUCAACAUUGAGGACGGCCACGUCCUGCCUGGGCUCAUCCACAAGGUCUACCUGGCCAAACAGUCCGGCUCUGCUCUGACCGUCUGGGGAACGGGCAAGCCCAGGAGACAAUUCAUCUAUUCCCUGGACCUGGCCCGACUUUUCCUUUGGGUCCUGCGGGAAUACGAUGAGGUGGAACCAAUCAUUUUGUCAGUGGGAGAAGAAGAUGAAGUCUCCAUCCGGGAAGCAGCAGAGGCCAUCGCGGAGGCCAUGGAAUUCAGGGGAGAGCUCGUUUUUGACACCACCAAGUCCGAUGGGCAGUUCAAGAAGACGGCCAGCAAUGCCAAGCUCCGGCGGUACCUGCCCGGAUUCCAGUUCACACCUUUCAGGAAAGCUGUGAAGGAAACCUGUGCCUGGUUCAACGCCAACUAUGCCACUGCCAGGAAGUGACAGCACUGGGACUGGGAUCACCCGGCACCGGGAUCAUCCUCUUCAACUCAGGGUUGUCCUUUGCUGGGGCAGAGGACGGGGCUGGGGGGGUGACAGUGACAUUUCCAAAGCAAAAACAGGAGCCUGGGGAGCAGCUCCCACAUUCCUGCCCCACUGCUGGGAGCGGCGCAGGACGCCCAGGGCAGGGGGGAGGAAGGUUGGGGCAUCCCAAAAAGAUCCCAAAUCAAGUGGUAGGAGCCAACUGGAACCACAUCGCUGUGGCUGUGUCCAAGAGGGUGGUGGCUCUGAGCUGUUAAUGAGCUACACUAAUUACCUGCAAUUAGGUGUAAUAAACAGAAGGCAAUCAGGA